CCCCCAGUUUAUCUUAAGGGGCGCCCCAUUCUAGAGAGAAACAAAGCAGUUCAAGGCCAAACCAAAGGCCGAGCAGAACCGAACAUUCUUGAAACUCCAGUUAUAUAUAUAUAUAUGUGUGUGUGUGUGUAUAUAUAGCGCCAAUGAUGUAUGCUUGUCCCAAUGAUUAUGAAAGCCAGGAGAUGGGCUUCGUAGCCAUCACGAUAACGUAGAGAUAUGGCCUCCAAUCUGACAUAGUAGCGUGAAAAGAGGGAUCUUUCUUUCCUUCUCAAUCUCAAAGUGCGUGCGUGCGUGUGUAUAUAUAUAUAUAUGGCGUCUUCGGCGCCUUUUCUGCAUUAUUCGCCGAGGUUGAGGAUCAAGAGUGGGCAUUUGGGCUCCUCUUCUUCUCAUUCCACGCCGUCGUCUUCGUCGUCGUCGGCUUCGUGUUCUUCGUCCUUCGAUACUCGACAGGGCUUGGGCUGGAACUGGAAUUUCUGCAAUUUUGCCGGAGUAAACAAUAUUUGGAAACAUAAAAGCCUUAGAGCUCAAGCUAUGAGUACCACUGAAGGAAAUGUUGCAUCACCAAAGGGCAAUGCUAAUGUGAUAGAUAAACCUGAUCAUCUUCUUGUUCUUGUUCAUGGAAUAUUGGCAAGUCCAAGUGAUUGGAUAUAUGUAGAAGCAGAGUUGAAGAGAUGUCUUGGAAGGAACUUUUUAAUAUAUGCAAGUUCAUGUAACACUUAUACAAAAACCUUUGCUGGUAUUGAUGGAGCCGGAAAAAGAUUAGCAGAUGAGGUCAUGCAAGUAGUGAAAAGGACGGAGAGCCUGAAAAAGAUUUCCUUUUUAGCCCAUUCUCUUGGUGGAUUGUUUGCCAGAUAUGCAGUUGCUGUCCUUUAUUCACCAGAUGCCUUUGGCAGUGACCACUUUCAUGAAGUACCUGCUUCUACCAAUACAAACUCAAAAACUGCCUGUUCUUCUAGACAAGGUGUGAUCGCAGGGUUGGAGCCUGUAAAUUUUAUUACGUUGGCAACUCCACAUCUUGGGGUGAGAGGAAAGAAGCAGCUGGAAGGUUACGUUCAAACUUGUGGAGACAACCUCUUUGCAAAAAAAGCAAGGGGAAGACUCUGUAAAUUUACGACCUCCCCCAAACCCUUGCAAAGUGAGGAGCCUCAUGCAUUGGGGACACCUUUUUAUACAGAUUCUCUCACGGGCUUGUAUACUGUUUUACUUGAGCAUUUCUUGUGGGGUAAAAUUGAUUUGUUUUUCAUGAUUCAGCUUCCACUACUUUUUGGAGUUCCAAUCUUAGAAAAGCUUGCUCCACCAAUUGCUUCUGUUUUUGUUGGUCGAACUGGUAGACAGCUAUUCCUCACUGAUGGUAAACCCAACAAGCCACCUCUUCUAUUAAGAAUGGCAUCUGAUUGUGAAGAUGGAAAAUUUAUCUCAUCCCUUGGUGCAUUCAGAUGUCGUAUUCUUUAUGCAAAUGUCUCUUAUGACCAUAUGGUUGGUUGGCGUACAUCCUCUAUAAGAAGGGAGAAAGAACUUUUCAAGCCUCCUAGUAUGUCCCUGGAUGGUUACAAGCAUGUUGUGGAUGUUGAAUAUUACCCGCCAGUUUUAUCUGAAGGUCCCCAUUUUCCUCCGGAAGCAGCUAAAGCGAAGGAGGCAGCACAGACUGCACCUAACACACAGAAUACGGUGGAGUAUCACGAAAUUAUGGAAGAGGAAAUGAUUCUUGGCCUGCAACGGUUAGGAUGGAAGAAGGUUGAUGUCAGCUUUCACUCCGCCUUCUGGCCUUUCUUUGCCCAUAACAAUAUUCAUGUGAAAAAUGAAUGGCUUCACAAUGCCGGAGUAGGUGUAGUUGCUCAUGUUGCAGACAGCAUAAAACAACAAGAAAUGCAACAAGAUUCUAACUCAUUUAUUGCAGCUAGCUUGUAACUGUGAAUUGUAUGCUAGUCAACAGUAAGCUUGUUACGCAACUGAUAGAAUUUAAUUGGCCCAUAAUAAAAUUUUCUUUGUUA